AUGAACCAUUCCAGUGUGACAGAAUUCAUUCUCCUGGGAUUUUCACUAUCACAAGAUACGCACUUCUAUCUAUUUACUAUCUUUCUUGUCAUUUAUGUUUUAACCCUUAUGGCCAAUGUGAUGAUUAUCAUCCUAGUAUACAGAGAUCACCACCUUCAUAGUCCAAUGUAUAUUCUUCUUGCUAAUUUUUCAUUCCUUGAGAUCUGCUACACAGCAGUCACUGUGCCCAAAAUGCUUUCAGACCUCAUUGGAGGGAACACAUCCAUUUCAGUUGCUGGUUGCAUUACCCAGUACCAUUUCUUUUCUCUCUGUGCUGCAACUGAACAUUUUCUUCUGGUGACCAUGGCAUAUGACCGCUACGUAGCAAUUUGUCACCCUCUUCACUAUGGAGGCAUUAUGAGCAAUGCAUUUUGUAUGAAACUUAUUUUAUCUUGUUGGCUCAUUAGUGCCGUGUCUCUUACCAUCCCAGCUCUAUCGGUAUCAGAGCUUAUUUUCUGUGGGCCCAACAUAAUCGAUCAUUUCUUUUGUGAAUUUAACCCCUUGCUGAAGCUCUCCUGCACUGACACCUAUGCAGUUGAAAUAGAGACCUUCAUAUUUACAUCUUCAGUGACACUCUUUCCAUUUUUAUUUGUUAUUGGAACUUACAUUUGCAUUAUUAUUACUAUUCUGAAGAUCCCAUCAUCCACAGGUAGAUGGAAAACAUUCUCCACAUGCAGCUCCCACCUGGCUGCAGUGUGCACAUAUUAUGGAACACUUAUUAGUGUCUAUGUGAUACCCACACAUAACUUUUCAAACACAGUUAGUAAGACUUUAUCUCUUAUUUACACAGUUGUCACUCCCAUGUUCAACCCCAUAAUAUAUAGCUUGAGAAACAAAAAUUUUAAAACAGGUGUGCAAAAAUGUUUGAGAAAAUGUUUGAUAAGAAAAGAAAGGCAUCUCUUGAGCCACUUCAAACCUUAA